UAGGACCAUAACGAUAUUUAUGAUUUGUUGUAAUUCGAAAUAUGGGCUAUCCGAUACGCACAGUAUUUUGUUUGUUUUGUGCCAAAAACCCAUACAAAUCUACGGCAUUAACAACUCAAAAGCAAUCACUAAGCUAAAGUAAACUGUUUAUGGUGAUGUUUCGGUAGGGGGCGCGGGCUGCUGGUCCCGUAAAAUAUUGCGCAGGCCCAGUUUACGCCUUGCAUUUCUUGAUUUGGUGGACUGAUUGGAAGAGUAGCUCUGCCUGAUUGCUAUUUUCUAAGCAUCUGGCACACUAAUCGGGCAGCGCCAAGUGGGGUUCAGUCAUGUCAGCACCUGCUAUAGGGACCACGAAGACGGCUCACAGCGAUGUGGCCCCGAAGAAAAAGAGGGGACCGGGUGCCCUGGCUACGGCGUAUCUGGUUAUAUAUAACGUGGUUAUGACAGCUGGCUGGCUGGUCAUUGCUGUGGGCCUGGUGCGGGCCUACCUUGUCAGAGGCAGCUACCACGGCCUGUACUUCUCUAUAGAGAAACCCCUGAAGUUUUUCCAGACCGGUGCACUCUUAGAGAUAUUGCACUGUGCAGUGGGGAUCGUUCCAUCCUCUGUGGUUCUAACAGGGUUCCAGGUGUUGUCUCGGGUCUUCCUCACCUGGGCUGUGACUCACAGCGUCCGAGAGGUCCAGAGUGAAGACAGUGUCCUGCUCUUCGUAUCUGCCUGGACCAUUACAGAGAUCAUCCGCUACUCCUUCUACACCUUCAGUCUGCUCAACCACCUGCCCUACCUCAUCAAAUGGGCACGGUACACAUUCUUCCUAGUGCUGUAUCCUAUGGGAGUGACAGGUGAGCUGCUGACCAUCUAUGCAGCCCUGCCCUAUGUGCAGAAGACAGGUCUCUACUCUGUCACUCUACCUAACAAGUACAACUUCUCCUUCGACUACUACACCUUCCUCAUCCUCACUAUGGUCUCCUACAUUCCACUGUUUCCCCAGCUCUACUUCCACAUGAUGCGUCAGAGAAAGAAAGUCCUGGCCCACGUGGAAGAGUACAAAACAGAGUAAACACAGCAAACACACGGCAGACUGAUCACAUCAUGCCACGGGGAGGAGGCUUGGCAGACUGAUCACAUCAUGCCAUGGGGAGGAGUCUUGGCAGACUGAUCACGUCAUGCCACGGGGAGGAGUGGAAAAAGACGAGAACCUUAAAAAAAAGAAAAAACAUGCCUGACCAAUUAAAUAUGUCUGCUUGUUGAAAUACCAAGAAACUCGACUCUUUUUCAGAUCAAGAAAAUAACAUGGGGAAUGGGGAUGAUCGAUCUAACAAUGGUUCUUGCUAAUCAGUUGGUUCGGUUUUGGGCUGUUGCCUGGCUAUUAAGAUGCUCUUGUCAUUUACAAUAUACCAACUGCUUUUUGUUUUCUUUGUAAGUAAAUGCAGUUACCAUGUUAUCAAAAUGCUACUUACUCAAAAACUGUUUUGUAAAUGUGAUGAUGAUCCAGUUCUGUUGCACUGCCCCUUUGAGAGGCAGCAGAAUGCUGUGCUGUUGCCUGUGACUCUGGUCAUAAUGUGCUGAAUGCACUGAUACAAUCAAUGCCCUCUUCUCUCAUAGUUCAGUACAAGACAAACACUAGAACCCCCCCCCCCCCCUCCAUUCUAUCACUGGUUGCAUCCCAAAUGGAAGCCUAUUCCCUAUAUAGUACUAUUUAGGGAAUAGUGUCAUUUGGGAUGCUACCAUGCUUUGUGCUCUAAUGAAUAGUUGUCCUUUGUUAGGAUGGACGGAGGGUUCCAUAUUUGUCUGACUCAACGGAGGACUAUGCCUGUUUAAGUCAUUUAUUUCUGCGACUCGAUUUUUCACCUGCAGAACUUCUGAUCACAUUCCAUUUGGUGUAGUAAAGCUUUUCUUUAUUCUGUGCUUUACAUAGUUUGGUUUUCUAAUACUUAUUUUCAAAUACUCAACUAACUGCAGUAAUUCAGUGCUUAUUGUCAUAAGAUAGCUUUUUGCUUUUAUGUUUUGGAUUUUUUUGCGUUGACAGUAUUUGUUAAUAAUUUGGACCAUUUGGGUUUCUUUAGAAUCAUAUUAUGUUGAUUGUGGGUUGGGUAUUGAUUUGUAAAUCUGUGUUUGAAGUAGGGGUAGGCCUCCAUGACCUACAGUGGAUAGUAGGUCGAUAAGCCAACCAGUUUUACAGUUACUUUGCUUUCUUGUGUAUAUUUUCUGAGGGAACUAAUUUAUUUACUCAAGCUUUAAACUUAAGGUGGUUCUCAAAUUGUCAUGGUGUGAUGUUGGACCAAGACACUGGUGGACAUUGCCUGGAAAACAUGUUGAAGGGUUAACCACAAAUGAGCCAAUACUCACACUUUAUUUAUUGACUGUUUGUUCUGAACUACAGUAGGUUGCCAGGACAUGCACUGUCAGACACUGGGCUCCCGAGUGAUGCAGCGGUCUAAGGCACUGCAUCUCAGUGCUAGAGGCGUCACUACAGACACCCUGGUUCGAAUCCAGGCCGUGAUUGACCCUAUGGGACAUAGGGCGGCGCACAAUUGGCCCAGCGUCGUCCAGGUUUGGCCGGUGUAGACCGUCAUUGUAAAUAAGAAUUUCUUCUUAACUAACUUACCUAGUUAAUUAAAGGUUACAUGUAAAAAAUAAUCAUAUAAAAACAGGACGCUUGCAUGGACACGAGUCCAUUAGAUUAGAGAGCUUGUAGUCCUGCAUUUCCAAUGACUUAAAGAGGCAAUCUGCAGUUGCUACAUUUAUUUUUGACUUAUAAAUUAAAGCUAUAUACCUAUUGUAUCUUGAAGAAUAUAACUUAUAAAUGCCUUAUGAGCUUAGUUCAACUGUUGUACCCCAUCAGAACCCAAAAUAUAAGCUUGUUUUACUCCAAUAUUUGUUAAAAAUAGAAAUAUAAACAAACACUGUAUAAACUCAACAUCAUUUUGAUAUCAUGGCUGAUCAGUCCUUGUAUCCAUAGCCCUGUCUAUGAAUGUGAAAGUUGUUACAUUUCUCCAUUCCUCAGCUUUUUACCAAAACAGUUGUGGGGUGCCUGCUUUGUUAAUGUUUCAACUGCGGACUGGCUCUUUAAAUCUAAUAAUGUAGAGAGUCAGGCAUUUGCGUGUGUGUGGUUCAGAGUUUUCGUCCACCUCUGACUCAGGAGAAGGUAACUGAGAAAGAAUUUUGCAUAUGAGUACAAUGUAAAACCUUAAUGGUUAUCAAUGUGGAUGCAAACAGUAACUGCACUGCAUUAACCACUGAAAACUCAAAUAAUUUGGUUUUAGUUUUGCCUAAUAAAUUUUGUAGAACCAAUGUGAAAGACAAACUAGAUUUUGUGGACUUUAACUUACUAGAAAGUGUUGAGGUUGUGUUGUGUUUGAGUAGUGAUCACCCUUUUGCUUCCAUGUCUGUGGGACUGCAUCUCACUGCAUGCAGUUUAGACAUUGAUCAGGAGUUGCCGGACACUGGUAUUGCCCUGAUGCUCUUUAGGAUGUGUAACAGUAUGUUUAUUAUAUCCUGAAUUACGCUGUGAAAGGCCUAAACUUUGCAAGGGAUUCUUCCCCGACAUAAUGUUUGUUUCCCUCCCAUUCUUAAAAUGUCCUGCUGUCCUGAUAGUUGAGUUCCUAUGUUUCUGUUCUUUGUUGGCCUAACAUGUAGUCUACACUCUUAUGAAAGAGAUGAGCAGUAAGGUGAACUGAAGAUGCCUUUAGUACAUCAACAACCACCCAACAUCCCAACUAACUUGAUUUAACAUUGCCCUGGGCCUACGGUAUCGGAGGAUGUUUUGUAAGCAUGGCCAGGAUUGUUGGAAACUUCCUCUAGAGGCAGGACUGCAACUCUGUAAAAUUGCAUGUAGGAGGAAAUAAACGUCCAUUCAUCCUUCGAAGUGAUGAUACUUUGGUAUAACUUACAGUAUGGAAAAAGCAUGCCACAAUACUACUCUACACACUGGUUCUACUAAACAAAACUACAGUAUGUUGAUCUUUUUGAUAAAAAAAAAUGUUUUGCAUGGGACCAGCAGACUUUGUAUAAGUAUGAUUAGUUAUAUAACUAUAUAUUUACAAUAAACUUAACAUGGAAGCAAAAGAGA